GGCGGGGCGGCGCAUCUUGCAACAUGGACGAGCGUAUAGCUGACGCGAUAGUUGCGGCCAUGACUACCUAUACUGGUGAUAAAUGUCGCUGUGAGUUGGUUGGUGAAGUGUUUAUACAGCGAACUCCGCGUAAUCGUAUAUCAAAUGCUGAUCCCUGUGAAGCGUGGUGCAGUCAGACGGUUGACAUAUUACGAGAAUAUUGUGAUGUUAUUAAAAUGAGGAUCUUUUGGCCCAUUCUCUUCCAAAGCGAACGUAAUUCUUCGAUUGAAGAUUGGUGGAAUUCACAGACGGUUGCAGACGACUGUUGGAAGAAAGUCUGUGAGAUAGACGUUAUUGAAGGACUUGUUGAUUUAGUUAAAAAAGUUGUUAACAUUCCAUAUUUUAUUGGUGGCAUUCUGGGAAUUGGCAGCAGAUUAAAAAAAGGUUGUUGUCGAAUUGGAGAUGCAAUUGCUUGGAUCAGAGACACAGGUGAUACCAAUAUGCUGCAGAGGCUGGGAAAGCUUGGUGAUUAUAGUCAAUUCUAUCUUCAAGUUUUCUUUGCAGAAUAUGAACAGGGCAUUAUUAAUGCUGCUGUGGAAGAUGGUGGUUUAGUUAAAGAAUUUAAAAUCGUGACCUGUGAAAAGUGUAGGAAGCACAGUGAAUCUUUGAAACAGGAAGGAAAUAAGAAAUUCUCUCAAGGGAAAUUUGAUGCUGCUAUACUGUCGUAUUCUGAAGCCAUAAAGGUUUGUCCUACAAACCACAUUCUGUAUGGAAACCGAGCUCUUUGUUUAAUUCACACAAGGCAUUACAAGAGAGCCAUUGCUGAUGGAAAAAGAGCAACUCUUUUGAAGCCUGAUUGGCCAAAGGGUCACUACCACUUAUGCAAGGCACUGUCAUUACUGGGGGAGCACAACAUGGCUUUGGAGGCUAAUGAGAAAGCUCAGAAACUAUGCAAGAAUGUGCCUAAUGGACUUAAUGAUCUUAUUCAACAAAAUGAUGAAUUAAAGAAGGCACUGGAAGAAAUGAAUGGCAUUCAACAACAUAAACAGAAACCAGAGAAGUCACUUCUUGAGAAAAAAGACAGCAGAUCUUCAGGAUCUCAUUUAAUAACCUCUCAAGAACAAGAAGACAGAAAGAAAACAGAGUCUGAUCCUACAGAUGAUAAAUGUCAUAAAAACCAUGAUACUAAGGUGCCUGACAUCCAGAGGAUAGAAAACAAAGGUUGCUCUCAGGACUUUCCACCAAGCCAAGGUCAUCAAAACAAAGGGAGGCCAAAAACCAAACCUGCUGACUCUGAAAAGUCAAUAGAUCAUCUUGAUUUGAAAUCUGUUGAAGAUAAACUCUUCUCUACUCUGCCACAGGUGGAAUUAGUGAUGUUGCAAGCACGAGUUCAAUCCCUUAUUUGUGAAGGUUGUAUAGCCUUGAUGAACCAGCGGUAUCACAAUGCUGAACAAGCCUUUUCAGAAUUACUGAGCAUCCUAAAACCUUCAAACUUAAAGCAACUGAAUCUUCGUAUUAUUAAUUACGUUGUAAUCAUCUAUGGACAUGCCACUGCUCUUCUUGGAAUAGGACAACCUGAGGCACUGAAAAAGGCUGAAGACCAGUUUAAAAAAAUAAUUGAUCAGUACCAGGAAGAAAGAUUUGGUUGUUUGGCGUAUUAUGGAAUUGGAAAUGUAUACCUCAGACAAAACAGAUUUUCAGAUGCGCUUGAUCAGUUCAUGAAAUCGCAAGCAAUAAUUAAUCACAAGAUUGUACCUGGAGUAUUAACUUGGCCCACAACAUGUCAUGUCAUUGAAGAGACACAAACAGAGAAUUUACAGUUGAUUUUAAAGAAACGCAUUGAGGAAUGCAAGUUCCCUCCAAAACCUGAUGCAGUCUGUCGGUAUCAGCAAUGCCAUGGUCACUCCAAAAUCCAAAUAUUUUUUACAGACCCAGACUUCAAGGGUUUUAUACGUUUUACUUGCUGUCAGCAAUGUAGAGUGGAGUUUCAUAUCAGCUGCUGGAAAAAGUUGAAAACAGCAAUCUACAGUGAUAAAAAUGAUAAGGAUUUUCUUCAAGAACUGUGUUUCACUCCUGACUGUACAGGCCUUAUUUCAAAAAUAGCUAUUUUCAGUUCUUCUGGUCUGGUAAAAUGUGAAUUUGAACAAAAAAUCACAAAACCCAAGGAACCACCAAGAACCAGUAUUAAACAGAAAUGUUCAAGUCUUAGAAAGUUAAAAAUGAAACAAGAAAAAAAGAACCGAAGAAAGUGUGCACAAGAAGAGGCACAGAUUUCUGCUAAAAACAAAAGAGAAGAAAACCAGAUGGGAAAUGAACCAUCUCAGUACAGUGAUCACCAUGGUUAUAUUCAGGAUUUAUACGCUGGUGAUCGAGUCUUGCAGCAUAUCAGUCGAAAUGCUGAGCAACUAAAAACAGCUGUUUGCGAUACUUCCAAACUACUAAAGGAGUUACUUUCAUGGUUUGUAAUCACUGAGGAGGCUUACAUGUCCUAUUCCAAAACUAGUGGCAUGUCACCUGAAGUAGUAGAGCAGCUCAUCAGUUACUUAAUUCAAGAAAAAAGCAGAGUAAAAACACGGAGUUUUAUCCAUGUGCUGAGUGAGCUGGAAGAAGUGGAUCCCCCCAAAUUACACAAGUGGCUGAAACAUCUCAACAACUUGGGUCUGAAAGCUACAAAGAACUUUCUUCUUCAAUAUGAACAUUUUUUAAAAGAGCUUGACCUUUCUAUUUUAAUUGCACUCUGGAAUGAAAAGUAUGGUAGUAAAUUUGACUAUCUGGCACCUAGUUCUGAAGACCAAGAAAUUCAUGAUUAUUUCUUAAAACCACCCCUUGAGAAAAGUCGUUGUUUUAUAUGGCUGUUAGAAGACAACAGAGAAAAUUUUCCAUUUCUUCAUCAAGCAUUAGAUGAAUUUUUUGAUAAAAUGGAUGAUCCUAGCAUUGUAUUGAAGAAGCAGGAAAAUGAAAAUAAAUCGACUAAUGGUAUCAAAGUUAAAAACAAAAACAGAAAGAAGAACUCGAAAGAUCCUAAGUCUAUUUUAGUAUUAUCCAGUGGAGUUAGUACAGCACCACGAGAAGAAGAAAAGAUAUUUAUAGAAGAAAAUACUUUAGAUUUCACAAAUCCCAAUGAACAGUUUCGAAUCCCAGAAUAUCUACGAGAGCAACUAGAUGAAUUUGAGGCUCUCUCUAACCCUUCAAAUCGUAACAAUUAUCAAAGACUUUUGGAAAAUAACCCAGACCAAACCUGUGAGAUUUUAUAUGAAUAUUUCUCUCAAAUCUUGGAAGAACAUGGCCCUAUGGAAAUAAAUAAUAAAUUAUUAGUUGGGGAAUUUGAACAUUUCCCUGAAGAAACUCGAAAAAUUGUAGAAAAUGAAGGUGGUCUGAAAUAUUUUCUUCUGAAAUCCUUUCGUUUUAUUAUGGUGGAUGAUCUUAUUGCCUUGAGAAAGCAUGAAGUUAUUAUGAGAGAAAAUACAAACAGAAAUGAGACUGGGGAUAAUGAAGAAGAAAAUUAUCCAGUCUGUGAUAUGCAAGAAAAUUCUUUCCAGGACAAGCCACAGCUAAAUCCAGAUGCUAAGGAAUUCCAGCCAUUGUUUUAUCCUAUCCAUAUAUCACCAUCUAAUAACCUAGGAGCAGCAAGUUAUGAGACCCAAAAAUAUUUGCCCUGUGCUUUUCCUGCUUCAUGUAAAUCAGUACAUUCUUGGCAUAGUCAGAAUAUUGAUAACAUUGAAAAUACAUCACUGUUUUCAGACCUUUUAGUUCAGUGCUCUGAUUCUAAAAAUCCUGGUAUAUUUUGGCCUCAAACUUUCCAGGAUUGUGAACAUGAAAGAAUAUUGCCAAUGCUUUCUCCAAAGCCUCUCGUGCCAGAUGUUGCUGAGAAACCUACUUAUAUUUACACUGAUGAUGUAGCUCUUCAGAGUGAUGAUGAAUCAGUAAUUUCAGACAGAAAAUAUGUCUUAAAGAGCUCUAUACCGACUGAAAUACAAACAUAUGAAGACCCUCAGUGCCAAAUGAAGAACUUGGAUAACAUGUUUUACGAAGACAGUUUUGCUGUUGCAAAUAGUAAAAAGGACUGUGACUGUGGUCUACAUGUUUUUAAGACAGAAAAACAAAGUGGAGGUAUAAAAAACAGUCCUCAUACAAGGAUGAUAGCUGUUCAGGUAAAUCGUGAAGUAGCUGAUAGGGAAAAUAAUACCUUGCCUUUUCAUCCAUUUGAAAUUCAACAAGGAGAUAUUCUACGUGUGGAAAAAGAGCAUCAGGUGUUAAAAGAACAAUUUAAAGAAGCACAGGAAAAAUAUGAACUGUUACAAACCCGGAGCUCGGAGGAAAUCAGUGCUUUAAAAGAGCUCCUAAAAAAAAGUGUUGAAGAGACUGAGGUAUCAAAGAAUGAGCUGGAUUGGUUUCAUCAAGACUUAGAAAUGCAAGUGAAAAAAUGGCAACAGGAGAAAAAAGAAAAUCAGCAGAACUUAAAAGCACUAAGGAACAAAGCUAAAAAGCAUACAGAUACCAAUGAUAGGUACUCAAAGACCAUCGAUGAGAAGGAAAAGCAGUAUAAUGCAUAUUUAAAUACCUAUCUUGAGACCAGUAAUAAAUUUGCUAAUGAUAAAGUAAAAUUGGAAGAACUUAUAAAAAAGCGUCAAGAUGACUUCCAACAGUGUGUGAAAAGAGCUGUUGAAGCAGAGAUAUCUGUACUCAAAAACUGGAAGGAAACUGAAAUAUGCAAGCUAAAUGGCUUAGUUGCCAAUGCAGAAGCAAAUCUCAAGAUGUCGAAGUCGUUGAGCAGCAGCUCAGCUUCAGCAGCAGCUACGUUCAAGUCCAGUAUUGAUUUUUGUGAAAGAUUUCUUUCAAAAGUAAAGGAACACCUGGGAAAAGUAGAGGCCGAGUAUGAAGAAAAAAUUCAGAUGGUGAAAAAUGGUGGACGGAACUGCCUCACUAAAGUGGAAAGUGUGGAGUUUGUCUUAGCAAAACAAGGCAGACCUCCAUUUGGUGAUCCAGCCAUCAUCAUGUAUUCUUCUGCUUCUGCAUAUCCUCAUGUACUUCCUGCAUUUUCAAACCUUGAAGAUCAAGGCCCAACAGGUGUUUCAUGUAAUACACAGGCCAGAGUUAAACCACGAUAUGCAGAUUCUAAGUCCUGUUCUGUAAGUGGUGGGCCAGUGAAAACACAACCCAAACCUCUGGAAGGAUCACAUUCUGACAACGUUUCGGAAACCGGCCCUUCAGGGGGUUCUGGAAGUCAUGCUCCAAAUGUCCAGCCAAACCAGAACCACCAAGAUUACUCUAAAAUGCUUCCAGAAGCAUUUCAAAACAUUGUUGUGGAUCUACAAAGUAUAUUCCCAAACUAUAGCAGUUCAGACCUCAUUUGCUUCAUAAAAGAUGUAUGCAGAAGAAAUGGAAAUACAUUGUCAGGCUUGAGCUCAGAUGAAAUUCUGAGCAGAGUCACAGAACUCAUUCUGGACCAGCAAAAUCAGGUACCAACUCCAGCAGGGAGAGCUGUGCAGCCUGUGUCCUCUGCUUCACCAGUGCGGACAGGAACUCAGAGUCGGGAAGUGCCUGCAGAAGAAAAUGUGCCCAGCCCACCCAAGGCAAGACCUGCACAUAAAAAUGCCUCGAGUAAAAAUCCACCUCAGCCAAACCUCCAGCCGUGGGGAAAUGUUGGAGCUGUACCUAAAUCUAAAUGGAAAAAAAUGGACAGUACAGACUCCAGUGAUGACACUUGUGCAAUAUGUUGUGAUGAUGAGCUAAAAACAGACUCCUGUGAAUUAGAAUGUGGGCAUCUCUUUCACAGAAUAUGCAUUAGAAAAUGGAUUACACAACAAUCAAGCACCUGCCCCGUGUGCCGCGCUCAUGCUCUGUUACCUGAAGAAUUUCCUGAGCUUCCUGUACGGAACAAACACGUCUAAACUUUGUUUUAUUUUAACACCUUAAAAUAAGAUGCAAAGUGGCUGCAUAGCCAUGGUGAUAAGGAACAGAAACAUGAUGCAUAGAGACAGAGCCCUGGUUUUACUGAAAACGGUGGUGGGACUCAGACUGAUUCAGUAUACAACACUUAGCAGAAAGCCUUAAGAUGCUGGUGCUGCCUGGCACUGGCAGCAUCAAGUCAUCAUUCUCCCAAGAUCCAUCAUUUUUCCUGGUUGGGGCCUAAAUGUGUGAUGAGCAGAGGCCAGCAGCACACAGAACUGCCUAAGGGAUAUUAAAAUUGUUGUAUCUAUUUUGCUGAAACAGUGGAGUGUCAUUCCUGUUGAGUGCAGGUCUUUGCUUAGAGCUUAGACCACACUGAAAACAAGUUCUAAUAUCAAACAAGUAGGUGAUCUGGAGUAGAGUAUCAGAAUUUGGAACCAAGACAUUACAUUCCUCUGGCAUAAACAAUUGCAAUUUCACUACAGGAUUCAAGUCAGGCUUGUUGUGAUCAUUAUGAAUGCAGUUCAUACAACUGCAGCUUUUUUCUCUGCACAAAACCAUAGCUAAUAAUGCAAAUCCUUUAAAUAAUGACUUCUAGUAAUAUUUUAAGGCAAGAGUUUUUUAAGUGUUCAUGUGAUUCUUCUUUCUGUUUGUGUAUCAAGUUGGAAAGCUAUGAUUAAUUUCUUUAAUCUUGAAAUACAGUUUGAAUUUCCCUUGUUAGUGAAGAGCUGAUUUGUGCAAAUCAGAAUUAUUAUUUUUGGUGAAGCAAUACACUGGAUCUGUGUUCUGUGUAUCAAUGUUCAUCAGCAGCAUGAGGUUCAGAAAACAAACAGCUGGAAGAAGGGUUUUAUCCUACUGCUUUAAAAGUCUGGGCUUGCCAGGGGUACCUUUUUUGCUGUGAAAUUAAUCUUGAAUAGUCAGAAUGCCUGGUGUGGAGCAGGUACCCCUCUGAAUAUGGUGUUGUUUGGAUACAAUCACUAUUAAAUUGAUUAUGAGGUUAAGCUAGCUUAAUUCUAGGGAUCAUUUCCACAAAUAAGUAUGCAUCUUCCAAUUUAAGUUUUAAACUAUAGUGUGAAUAAUCAGUAUAUUAAUAGGAGCUUAGAUCAAAAAUAAAGUUAUUACAGCA